UCUCCACUGAACAGACACAUUACUUAGUUCUCACAUAAAAUUAGGUGAGACACACACAUUCACAAUGAGUGAGGACCUAAUGUAACUUAACGGCGGUUCAAAGUCUGGAAAACAUGUCAUACUGUAGACAGUUUUAAUAGCUCUCAUUACGGCCUAUAAAGUUAUAAAAUAACAAUGCAUGGAAAGCCCAACUAGUCUCUGAACAGCAAGUGGUUCAGUCUGGCUGAGCACCUGGGCUUCUUCCAGAAUUCGACCAGGAGAGGUGGACUGUGAUAUCUGCUCUGAGGUCCAAGCUGUGAAGUUCUGUCUGACCUGCAGUGUGUCCUACUGUGAGACCCACGUCAGGAAGCACUACACAGUACCUAAACUACAGAGACACACCCUGGUGGAUGUGACUGGAGACCUGGAGGAGAAACUCUGUCAACAUGACUACAGUCCUCUGGACGUGUUCUGCAGGACAGACCAGAUGCUGAUCUGCAGUCAGUGUGCAGAGACAAACCACAAAGGACAUGAUACCAUCCUCCAUGAGAUAAAGAAAGCAGGAAGACAGAGUUGUGAUGGCAACCAGCACGCAAUGCUGUCCUCAGAUGAUGUACUUCCUGCUCCAGACCAGCUGACUGUUGACUCAAUGGACAACACAUCAGCUGCUGUUAGCUGGAGACAGCCACCAGGAUUGGACCAAACCCAAAAUCAUUACCAGAUCUCCUACCACUGUCCAGGGACAGAACCACACAUCACUACCACAUCUUCACACAGCAUCACUCUCUCUGACCUGAAACCUGGUACUGAAUACUCAGUCACUGUCUGCACUGUGCUGGAAAAUGGAAAGCAAAGUCAACUGGCGUUAACAACAUUCACCACAGUACUUCCUGCUCCAGACCAGCUGACUGUUGACUCAGUGGACACCACAUCAGCUGCUGUUAGCUGGAGCCAGCCACCAGGAUUGGACCAAACCCAACAUCAUUACCAGAUCUCCUACCACUGUCCAGGGACAGAACGACACAUCACUACCACAUCUUCACACAGCAUCACUCUCUCUGACCUGCAACGUGGUACUCAGUACUCUGUCACUGUCUGCACUGUGCUGGAAAAUGGAAAGCAAAGUCAACUGGUGUCAACAACCCUCAACACAGUACAUUUUCAGUGGUGGAAGAGACCCUCAAGAGUUGCUGCAGUGUGUGUUCUACUGGCUGUGAUUCUAGGCCUGUUGGAAUCCUAUGCAGAGAUUGACCAGUUGCAGAAUAGUCUAAAUACCAGGACCACUGAGAGAGACCAGCUAAAGACCAGACUUAGGUUCUAUGAGAAACCCUGUCUGGACGGAUGGUGGAAGUUUGGCACCAGCUGUUAUUAUGUCUCCUCCACAAUGGAAACAGGCAGGGGUGGUCAGAAGGAGUGCAGAGCAAUGGGUGCAGACGAUGUUAUUAUAAACAGCAGAGAAGAACAGAUAUUUAUCAAUGGAUUUAAGAAGAAUGUCUGGAUUGGUGCACUUAAAUUAGAUGGAAUCUGGAAGUGGGUUGACAACACACCAUUUAACACUACCUAUUGGAUGGAAGGUGAACCAAAUAACUUGAAUGACAAGUGUGUUGAGAUCUCACAGACGGCAUCAGACCCAUUGAAGAGUUGGAAGGCUGUACCAUGCACUUCAAAUUACUGGGUGUGUGAAAAACCGUCUACACCGUAGUCUAAUUAUAAUAGCUAAAUGUAAGCCCCUAUCUUAUAGAGUUGAGCUGGUUUUCCCUGUGUUAGGCUGAACCUGUUUUUGUUUCUAUGUAUAACUACAUUGAAAGACGUAUUUGAUGUCUUUAAAGAAACCUAGUAGGCUCUAACUAUGGUUUAUUUUUAUUUUUUCCAUAUGUAACAUUUUUACCAUAUUUUGCAAAUAACAAUUUAGCAUUUUAACAAUUUAAAUUUAACAAGAUACUGUUUUCAUUUAAGUUUUUGCAGUUAUCAAUCCAUUUAAAAUGCAGCAGUGUUAUUUUUGCUUCUAUUCUGUUCCAUAUGUACUGUGUUCAUUCUACUGAUUAAAUUAAUCUAUAUACUGUGAUGUGGAGAUUGAUGAUAUUUUUUUUAAUUUAAUCAAUUUUAGAAUAAAGCUGUAACUUAACAAAAUGUAGAAAAAGUCAAGGGGUCUGAAUACUUUCAGAAUGCACUGUAUAUACAGUGUUGUAUAUUUGCAUCCAUUCUGUUCCAUAUGUACCAUGUGUUCAUUCUACUGAUUAAAUACAUCUAUAUACUGUGA